AUGAUUCCAGCCCUCGAGGAACUGAAAUUUCUAUGUGGGGAAGUAGGCAGUAAAACGACUAAAGCCCCAGAUAAUGCUCCAACUUUAACUCGAGAGUCAAUUAGACAGAAGCAGCACCAUUACACCAUUACUGGGCUUGGGUGCUGGAAUCCUGUCACAGGUCUGAAUGGGUCACUGACUGACAAGAAGCUGGAGAAUAACAUGCGAGGAGUGGUUCUCCGUGUGGUGACUGUUCUGGAAGAACCUUUUGUCAUGGUCUCUGAAAAUGUCUUGGGUAAGCCGAAGAAAUACCAGGGCUUCUCCAUCGACGUUUUGGAUGCCUUGUCUAACUACCUGGGUUUUAACUAUGAAAUUUAUGUUGCACCGGAUCACAAAUAUGGAAGCCCACAGGAAGACGGGACAUGGAAUGGCUUGGUAGGAGAACUAGUCUUUAAGAGAGCCGACAUAGGGAUUUCUGCUUUAACCAUCACUCCAGAUCGUGAAAAUGUGGUGGACUUUACAACACGGUACAUGGACUACUCAGUGGGGGUACUGCUUCGAAGGGCUGAAAAGACGGUGGAUAUGUUUGCCUGUCUUGCACCGUUUGAUCUCUCCCUAUGGGCUUGCAUUGCUGGUACCGUCCUUCUAGUGGGCCUACUGGUCUACCUCUUGAACUGGCUUAAUCCCCCACGAUUGCAAAUGGGAUCAAUGACGUCUACUACUCUCUACAACUCCAUGUGGUUUGUGUAUGGAUCCUUUGUACAACAAGGUGGGGAGGUCCCGUAUACAACUCUGGCUACCCGAAUGAUGAUGGGGGCUUGGUGGCUAUUUGCUUUGAUUGUCAUCUCCUCUUACACAGCAAACCUGGCUGCUUUUCUCACUAUCACCCGCAUUGAAAGUUCCAUCCAGUCUCUCCAAGACCUUUCCAAGCAAACAGACAUCCCUUAUGGCACGGUCCUGGACUCUGCAGUAUAUGAACAUGUCCGCAUGAAGGGGCUGAAUCCUUUUGAGAGGGACAGCAUGUACUCCCAAAUGUGGCGGAUGAUCAACCGAAGCAAUGGAUCGGAGAACAAUGUGCUGGAGUCCCAAGCAGGCAUUCAGAAGGUCAAAUAUGGGAAUUACGCUUUUGUGUGGGAUGCAGCUGUAUUGGAGUAUGUGGCUAUCAAUGACCCAGACUGUUCCUUUUACACCAUUGGGAAUACCGUUGCUGAUCGAGGAUACGGCAUCGCAUUGCAACAUGGCAGUCCUUACAGGGAUGUAUUUUCACAAAGAAUCCUGGAGCUGCAGCAGAAUGGCGACAUGGACAUCCUGAAGCACAAAUGGUGGCCUAAGAAUGGCCAGUGUGACCUCUACUCAUCCGUGGACACAAAGCAGAAAGGAGGUGCCCUGGACAUAAAGAGCUUCGCAGGGGUGUUUUGCAUCCUGGCCGCCGGCAUCGUCCUCUCCUGCUUCAUCGCCAUGCUGGAGACGUGGUGGAACAAGAGGAAAGGAUCCCGUGUGCCGUCUAAAGAGGAUGACAAGGAAAUUGACCUGGAGCACCUCCAUAGACGUGUAAAUAGCUUGUGCACAGAUGACGACAGCCCCCAUAAACAGUUUUCCACCUCGUCAAUUGACUUGACCCCUCUGGACAUUGACACUUUGCCAACACGACAAGCACUGGAGCAAAUCAGUGAUUUCAGGAACACUCAUAUUACCACAACGACCUUUAUCCCAGAGCAGAUCCAGACUCUUAGCCGCACACUGUCCGCUAAAGCUGCCUCUGGUUUCGCUUUUGGCAACGUGCCUGAGCACCGAACUGGCCCUUUUAGGCACAGGGCACCCAAUGGAGGCUUUUUCAGGAGUCCUAUAAAAACAAUGUCAUCUAUUCCUUAUCAGCCGACUCCUAGCCUGGGGCUCAAUCUGGGUAAUGAUCCAGACCGAGGCACCUCCAUCUGAGCAUCCAACAAAAAUGUCUUCACUGUCUCUUUUUUAGGACUCCCUUUGCAAGGAGCAACUGUAAUAUUGUGGGACUAACAUGGAUGUAACUUAAAAAAAAAAUCAGGAUGAUUAGUAACAAUUCUAGUCCUCUCUCCCCCCCUUCU